AUGAAGGAUGAACAUAAUAUUAAAUUCACUGCUCAAGAUUUAUAUGACAAGAAAGCAGACAAAACAGAGCUUCAAACAUUAAAGACAGAAAUACUUCAAACAUUAUAUCCUGUUGGUUCUAUUUAUACGUCAAUGAACUCAACAAAUCCAGAAACAGUUCUGGGUUUUGGUACAUGGCAGCAGAUUGUAGACAAAUUCUUAUACUGUGCAAACUCUUCAAAGCAAACAGGAGGUUCGAAGAAAAUUACUGAAGCAAACCUUCCACCGCACACUCAUACAGGAACUACAAACACAACAGGUAGUCAUUCACAUUCAAUAACAAAAAGAGGUUAUACAAAUCUUGCAGCAGGUUCGGAUAGACAGGGAAUGCAUAGAUAUGAUAUUUCAAGUGACCCAGUAGAUUCAAGCGCAGGUAUUUUCUGUGGAACCACAGGAAAUCAUUCACACACUUUCACAACAAAUCCAACAGGCUCGGGUGCAGAUUAUAUGCCACCAUUUAUGACUGUAUUCGCUUGGUUCAGAGCUGCUUAA